AAACCAAAAAAUCUUAGUGAAAAUUUCAGUUUGUUUUUCACAGUUUACACAGUAACGCUCAUUUUAUUAUUGUAUCACCUGAUAGCUGCGGAAAUACAAUAUGAAAAAAAUCAUAAUAUUUUCUAUAAUUGUUUCUGUACUUUUGGUCUUGCAUCGAGUGUCUUGCGCUCGUGACGACAUAAGUGGCUACCGUGAUAGAUACCGGCCGUAUCCAAGACCGUCGCGACCGUCGCCCGGUGACAGGCAAUUUGGAGAAAACGGGUGGAUGUACCAUCGCGGCGAGGGUUACUGGUAUCACCCAGAGUCCAUGUGGAGGUGGCGUUCAAAUAAUGGUUGGAGGCAAUACCAUCGGCGCAACAACAACAAUUACUACAACAACAAUAACUACAACGAUAAUUACUAUUACCGUUGAAUAAAUGCUGAGGGCCACUCUCUAGCUGGUGACCAUGUAUACCAAGAUAUCUACACAAAAAAUAAUACUCCCCGUAUAUAAUAGAUAUCAUUUUUAUUUUAAAUGCUUAGUUACGUCUUUAUCGUUUUUGAAACGCCAUAAAACCACUCUGAAAUGUAUUUAACCAUAAAUCACCAUUGUCCGGUAAACCACUUGUGAGUUGUGACAAACAAUAAAUGUACCAAAAGUAAACUUAUUUACAGUGAUUUUAAUACUAAAUUUGCUACAUUAAUUUAUAGUAUUAUGUGAACCUUGCAGCAGCUUGAAAUUUAAAAAAAAUGUAUUUUGCACAAUUAUAAAAAAAUAAUUCAAAAAGAUCCUGUCAUAAUGGUAAAUAAACCACCGGUAAUAUUUUA